AUGGAAAGAAGUAACUCCUUGAGAAAGCUGGCGAACAGGAAAAUUUGCAGAAAUUAUAGCAUACAUCCUGAAAAUGUAAUUUAUUACGAUUAUUUCAACAAUUUAAAAAGGAGGGCGGGGGCCCAGGGCUGUACCAAUUUGGUUAUUUCCUUUAAAAAAAUUAUGGGCUCCAUUAUGAGAUACCCCUUGCCAAUUAAAAAUAGCCUGGAAGCCUAUAAAUUGAAGGGGGUUGGUAAGCGAUUUUCUUACUAUUUUGAAAAGGCCCUGUCGAAAGGUGCUCAGGAGAAGAUUCAUAAUAGUAUGCACAGUGGGUGCGUCACAUCGAAUGAGAAUUCCUCUCACAUUUACACCCACAUAAAUAAAGUCAUCACAAGUGUGGACCGUUUUUUGAAGGAACUGGACAGUAAGGUUUAUAAUUUGAAGAUCAUUGGCGAAGAGUCCGAUGAUAGUAUUAUGAGGAACAUGAAGGAGAUCAGAAAUGAUUACUCCAACAGUGAUUAUAACGAGGGGGAGGGGAAAAGGAGAAAGCGGAAAGGUGGGAAGGAGAAGAAAGGAAGCGCCCAUUGCGCUGGUCCGGUUGGUGGGUCUAACCUGGCUAACCGAGCUGAUAAGGCUGACCAGGUUGACCAGGCUGAUGCGUCUGAUUGCGCUAAUGAUGCCGCCAGUCAUGACAGCAAGCGAGGCGAGGACAGUUACCCCCCGGCCAGCGAAGUGAACAGCUCCCCACAGUUGACCACAACCCCCUACACAUACAAGAACAGCACCAAUAUCAGUGACUACAGAAUCAUUUCGGGAAGCUCCAUAAAUUACGAAAACUCCUUUCUGGGCGAUGAGGAAACGUCUGUCCAAAAAGUGGGUCCCCCGAAUCAGCAAGAGAAGAAAAAGAGAUUAAAUGGCAAAAAUAAAGAAAGCAAAAGAACGUAUGAAAUCAAAUUAAACGAUUUCGAAAACAGAAUCAUGACUUUUCUCGAGAAGAAUGAACAUUUGUAUGAAGACUGUUCAGUCAGCAUGGAAGAAAUAACCAUUGGAUUUUUAAAAUAUUAUCGAAAGUGUGAUAAAAUAAAUAUAAGCAAAUUACGCAGGCUUAUAAAAUUGGAAUUCAUAGAAAAGGUAGACAUUUGUGAAAAUAAGGCAAGUGGGGGUUUUGCCAAAAAAAGGUGCGUCCUGGAUGAGGUGCACGACACCCCCAGCAGUUUUUCCGCGUCGAAUGCGCUAUCUGCCUCGAGCAUGUCCAAUUCGAAAAGGAGUAAAAUGAAAAUCAUUAAUAAGGUGAGGUUGACGGUGAAGGGGAAGGAAUUCCUGCGGAGGGGGGAGCAGAAAACAGAGGAAAAUCCUUCCCACGUGAGUAACCUCAAACCGAAGGAACCCACCGCAGAUGCAUCAGAAGGAGAAGACAAAUCUGCUUAUAAGGGAGAUAAAGAAAAUAAAGCGAGUGAGUCAGACCACAGAAUAGAAUAUGAGGACAGUUUCAAAAGCGCAGAAUAUUUAUCGACAAAUAUGAACGAGUCGGAUGAACGACCAAGGAGGGAAGUUACCUACAGUGAUGGUGAAAAUAACCACUUGUUUGGAAAGGGCAAUAUCGUUCGUGAAGAUAUUAUUUUUACCAUAGAUGGGGAUACAUCGGAUGGGCAAAGUCAUCAGCUCAGCGGUGGGGAGGACAGCGAAAAAAGCAGAACAAAGGCGUCAUCUACAAGUGGUAAUCUCCAAAUAGAGAAAACUAGCCAAUGCAACUUCCUCCGCACAGAGAUUAAAUCAAAUUUGAGCAAUAACAAACAAGAGGGCAGUGUGGAAGUAAUCGAUUUGUUUGCAGAAGAGGAUGCAUGCGAUAAAGGGGGAGAUGCCUCUGGUGGGAGUAUUUCCUUAGUUGAAAGUAAAACGGAGGGGAAGCGGAAGUGGAGCGACCCCCUUGAUAGAGGAGGGGAGUUAGGAAGUGAACCGAAAAGGAGAAAAACAAAAAAAAAGGGGGAGAAGCGGUUGGACGAAGAGGAAGGAAAUGACCACACUAGGGGAGAGCGUAAACCAGGCCAAAAAGCAAAGCGAAAGACAAAGCUCCAUGCAAACCUCGAUGCAAACCCUAAUGGGGAUACACCAACCGCAGCAGGAGAACAAGUAACCUACGGGCCGUACGAAAUCGUUAUGGUAAUUGACAACAGAGACAUAUCAGGGACGAGCCCGGAGCUGAAUGAAAAAAUGAAAAAAAUAUUCCAACGCAAUGGAAUAAAAUAUCUAACUAGGAAUCUACCCCUGGGUGAUAUCAUCUGGUUGUGCAGGAGAAGAGUGUAUAAUAGUGGUAAGUCGAAAAGAAAAAGGAGAAGAAAAUGUGGGAAAAAAGGAAAUCCAUGGGAGAUGUCACAAAACUCCUAUAAUAACGAAUGGAGUUGCGAGACCAGUCAAAUGAGCAUCCUAAGAAAGAGCAACUCCUACCUGAGUGCAAGUUACGACCAAGGGAGGGAGAACCAUCUAGGGGGUGACGAAGAAGAAAAUGCCGAAUACGAAGAACAUGUAUUAAAAUGGAUAAUAGAGCGUAAAACACUGAAUGAUCUAAGUGCAAGUAUAAUAGACGGUAGGUAUGAUGAGCAGAAAUAUCGUCUCAUGAGAUCAAAAGAAACCUCGCAUAUAAUAUACCUCAUAGAAAACAGUAACAAUUCUUUUAGAAAUUACACCAAUGUGAGUAGAAUUUCGUAUGAAACGCUUCUAAAUGCUCAGCAUAGUAUUCAGUUGAUUAGUGGGUUCUCCAUAUUGACUAGCCAAAGUUUGAGUCACACUUUUUUUCUAUUAGCUGAAAUGCACACAGAGAUUGUAGAAAAUAUCCGUUUUGUUUGUAACCUCAGAGAAGGAGAACCCAUAAUACAAAGUGACAAAUUGGAGGUGUACUUACGAGAUAAUUCAUCCGAAUGGGAUCAGUGGAAUAAUGAUUCUAAAAAGUCUAAGAACAAUUUGGUGAAGGAAGUUUUUGGGAAGCAACUACGCCUGAUUAACAUGUGUGGUCCUGAUGCCACGGAGAUGAUUCUAUCCCUGUGGCCUACCCCCAUGAAGCUGAACGAGGCGCUAAAUAAAUAUACCCACGAUGGAAUUCUGGCUGAGAAGAUCAAGCGGAUUUACCUCAAGGGUCGGGACCUUCUGGGCAAACGGCGUGUCAAAUCCCCUGUCGAUGCGAAUCUCAUUGCACAGCUGAGGCAGCUCUAUGCCCCGGACUCGAUUUAG